AGCUGUUCGCGGCUCGCGGCUUGGGUCCCAAGCCUCGGGUGCCAUGCCGUUUCGCGGCUUCGAAUGGCUGGCAGGAGCCCUGUGCGCAGCAGCGGCUCCCAACUGGCAUGGCUGCAUGGACCCGAAGGCAGCUGCCCUCCCUUAUUGCAAUCCAAGCCUCGCGGUGGAAAAACGUUUGGACGACUUGAUGUCCCGCCUCAGCCGAGAUGAGAAGAUUCAGCAGAUCACCCCUGAUGGCUCGCUAGGAGGCACCUGCACCACCUUCACCACCGGCAAGGCGGACAUUGGGCUCCCUCCCUGGCUGUGGUUGGUGGAGACGAACACAGGUGUGGAUGCUGCAUGCCCAGCCGAGCAGCGCUGUGUCACUAACUUCGUGGGCCCCAUGGGCAUGGCGGCAUCCUUUAAUCGGAGUUCGUGGCAAUUGAAGGGUUACGUCCUGGGUACCGAGCAGCGGGCGCUGUCCAACAUCGGGGCGUCUCGCUUCCACCCAGAUCACAAGAACCCGGUGUGCCUGACCGCGUUCGGCCCGAACAUCAACAUCGUGCGGGACCCCCGCUUCGGCCGCAACUCGGAGCUGGCCAGCGAGGAUCCCUUCCUGAGCGGCACCUACGCUCGGAAGAUGGUGACUGGCAUGCAGGAGCCCGACAAGCACGGGUUCAAGAAGGUGGCUGCGUACCUUAAGCACUACACCGCAUACUCCACAGAGACCAAUCGUGGUCACGACACGUACAACAUCUCCACCUUUGACUUCUUCGAUACCUACUUGCCACAGUACAAGCUGGCCUUUACUGCGCAACCAACAGGGGUGAUGUGCUCCUACAACGCGGAGAAUGGGCGCCCAUCCUGCGCCAACGACUUCAUCCUCAAACAGCUUCGGAGCUGGAAGUCUGAUGCGCAUGUGACAACGGACUGCGGUGCGGUGAACAACCUGAAGGGCCCACCGGUGAAUGCUCCUGAUGACAUGCAUGCCGCAGCCAUCGCGCUGAUGAACGGGACGGACCUGGAGAUGGGCGACACGCUGUUCUCCACCCUGUCCAAAGCUAUCGACUCUGGACUAGCAACGCAGGAGAGACUCGAUGAGGCCGUUCGACGAUCAUUCAAGGUGCAUUUUGAGCUCGGGCGCUUUGAUCCGCCGAAUGCAUCAGCCUGGGUCCGGUAUGGCUUGCAGGACUUGAACCACUCGUUCCAUCAGAGGAUCUCCUACGAAGCAGCCUUGCAGAGCUUUGUGUUGCUCAAGAAUGAUGGGGUGCUUCCGAUCAAGGAAGGUGCAGCUGUGGCGGUGGUUGGCCCCCAUGCCAUCUCUCGCAGCGGACUGUUCUCUGACUAUGCUGCUGGCAGCCACUGCUUCGACCAGAGCGAUGCCUGCGUGCCAACGAUUGCCGAGGGCAUUGCUGCCGCCUCUGGCAAGGUUGUCGCGGCCAUGGGCGUCGAGAUCAAUAGCACGAAGGCCGACGGCAUCCCCGCUGCGCUGGACGCUGUCCGUCAGUCAGAUGUGGUGGUGCUGGCUCUGGGCGACGACAAGUCCAUUGAAACCGAAGGGAAGGACCGCAGUGACACAGCCUUGCCCGGCUUGCAGUCCAAGUUCGCCCAGCAGGUCCUAGCGCUUGGCAAGCCCACGGUUCUUGUCCUUGUGAGCGGCGGGCCUAUGGCCAUUGAUGAGUUGAUGAGUGAUGGCGCAGGCUUUGCCCUCAUCCAAGCCUUCUUUCCCAGCCACAAGGGUGCGCAGGCACUGGGAAUGAGCCUGUUUGGAAAGGAGAACCGCUGGGGGAAGCUGCCCAUCACAAUGUACCCACACGGCUACAUCUCAGAGCAGACCAUGACAAAUUAUGAUAUGUCAAAGGCACCCGGCCGUACCUAUCGGUACUAUCAGGGCAAGCCUUUGUUCUCCUUUGGCUAUGGCCUUUCACUGACAAGCUUCGAUCUGAAGUGUGCUUCGGUGGAGGGCAUGACGUUCCGCUGUCGGAUUCGCAACACCGGGAAGUUGCAUGGUGAGGAGGUCAUCCAAGUGUACCAUGCGGCCGUAGACAUUGGCAAAGUUGAUCACCCCCUGCCCCAGAGAGCCCUGCGGGACUUCCAGCGUGUGGCAGUUCCGGCUGGCGAGUAUGUGAAUCUGACCUUCAAGCUGUCCAGCUCCCAGCUGGAGGUCACGAACAACGAAGGCGAGCAGAAGCUUUACCCUGGAAUUCAUGAGAUCACCUUCUCGCCCGGUCACGGGCACUCCAAGGUCGAAGAUGAGCAGAAGUUCAAGGUCCAAGUGCGAGGAUCGCUUCAGGAACUGGUCGUUUGAUUGAGGCUAUUCGCCUGGGUGCGUCUUGGCCUGAGCUUGGUUGGAGCCAGGUCUGACUGCUUCGGGCCCUAACAUUUUUUUUCAAGUAAGGGCAGGCGCUCUGCCCCAUAUAUCCGGGCAACGUGCUUGGAUGUGCUUGGCAUGGCCGGCCCAUCCAGGCCUGCGAAAUAUGGCAGGAGUGGUCCAUUUGUUACGCGACUGUGCCGCCAGUUGAGGG